CACGUAGGUUGUUGGGCUAGCUAGAGAAUCCGCGGCGAUGGCGACGACGGCUCGGUGCUGGAAAGGGACGCAGUGAAGCUGGCCUCGGCUCGGAUAUGACUAAUGCCUAUUUGAUCGAGGUUUAUUUGCUGCUUAGUAAUUGCACGGGCUUCGGAUGAAUCGUUGGUUUCUAACUUCUCAUCACUACUUUCUCUGAUUUCCAUGUCUUACUUGUAAGGGUUUCCAAACUGCAUCAUCAGGACUGCUCAUUGUCCGAUACAGAUUACGACUGCUCCAGGCCGGAGUUUCUUGUCGGUUGACCCACACUCCUUCCCAGGGGCCAUGGAGGAGGAGGGGCAGCAGAGCUUGGAAUGUAUCCAGGCCAAUCAGAUCUUCCCCAAGAAGUCCCCCGUUCUCGAGGAGGAAAACAUGCAGGUGCCCUUUCCUGAGCUGCAUGGUGAGUUCACAGAGUAUGUGGGGAGAGCAGAAGAUGCCAUCAUCGCAAUAUCUAACUACCGCCUACACAUCAAGUUCAAAGAGUCCGUUGUCAACAGUUGUUGUUGUGAGGUGUCAGUUCCUCUUCAGCUCAUAGAGAACUCGGAGUGUCGGGAUAUGUUCCAGCUUCAUGUCACCUGUAAGGACUGUAAAGUUGUCAGGUGUCAGUUCUCCAGCUUUGAGCAGUGUCAGGAAUGGCUAAAACGCCUGAAUGCGGUAGUGCGCCCUCCCUCCCGCCUGGAGGACCUCUUCUCCUUUGCCUUCCAUGCCUGGUGCAUGGAGGUAUAUGCUGGCGAGAAGGAGCAGCACGGCGAGCUAUGCAGACCAGGCGAACAUGUGACCUCCUGGUUCAAGAAUGAGGUGGAGAGGAUGUGCUUUGACACUCAAAACGCCUGGAGGAUAUCGGACAUCAACAGCAAGUUCAGGCUGUGCCCCAGCUAUCCCCAGCAGCUCCUGGUGCCAGCCUGGAUCACUGACAAAGAGCUGGAAAAUGUGGCAGCCUUCCGCUCCUGGAAGAGGUUUCCUGCUGUGGUUUAUAGGCAUCAGACCACGGGAGCUGUAAUUGCCCGCUGUGGCCAGCCAGAGGUCAGCUGGUGGGGCUGGAGGAACGCAGAUGAUGAGCACCUGGUCCAGUCCAUCGCCAAGGCCUGCGCCGUGGACAGCAGCUCCCGCAAACACCUUUCCAACGGCAGCUACACCAACGGCACUGACCUGCCGGAUACUGACUUUGAAUCCUCCAUGACCAACAGCUCAGAGGUGGAGACGUUGGCUACCCAGCCCCACAAAUUACUGAUUCUGGAUGCCAGGUCCUACGCUGCUGCUGUAGCUAACAGGGCCAAGGGGGGAGGCUGUGAAUGCCCAGAGUACUAUCCCAACUGUGAGGUGGUGUUUAUGGGCAUGGCCAACAUCCACUCCAUCCGCAAGAGUUUCCAGUCUCUGCGUUUCCUCUGCACUCAGAUGCCUGAUCCAGCCAACUGGCUUUCUGCACUGGAGAGCACCAAGUGGCUGCAGCACCUGUCCCUGCUGCUGAAGGCGGCGCUGCUGGUUGUCAACGCUGUGGACCGAGACCACAGACCCGUUCUGGUGCACUGCUCUGAUGGCUGGGACCGCACACCUCAGAUCGUUGCUUUGUCCAAGCUUUUGCUGGACCCUUACUACCGCACUGUUGAGGGCUUCCAGGUUUUGGUGGAGACCGAUUGGCUAGACUUCGGCCAUAAGUUUGCAGACCGCUGCGGCCAUGGAGAAAAUUCUGAGGAUCUGAACGAGCGCUGCCCCGUCUUCCUGCAGUGGCUAGACUGUGUUCACCAGCUCCAGAGGCAGUUCCCAUGCUCCUUUGAGUUUAACGAGGCCUUCCUGGUGAAACUGGUGCAGCACACCUACUCCUGUCUGUUUGGCACCUUCCUGUGUAACAGCGGCAAGGAGAGGGAGGACCGUCACGUUCAGGAGAGAACCUGCUCAGUCUGGUCACUGCUGAGACCGGCCAACCGCACUUUGAGGAACAUGCUGUACUCCACACACUCCGAGAUAGUUCUUCACCCAGUGUGUCAUGUACGCAACCUGAUGCUGUGGACGGCUGUCUACCUACCCAGCUCCUCCCCCACCACCCCCUCCGAUGACUCCUGCGCCCCCUACCCUGUGCCGGGUUGCAACACUGAGGACGCGCCCUUGGGCAGACGUACGAAGACUCGCUCCUUCGACAACUUGCCCAGUGCAUGUGAGCUGGGAAGCUCGCUGGCUCCUAACCGCCGCUCCAGUGACCCAAGCCUCAAUGAGAAGUGGCAGGACCAUCGGCGUUCUCUGGAGCUCAACAUGGCAGUGGGGCCUGAGGGAGGGGGAAACCAGGAUCAGGAGGUGCGGCCUAACGGAGUGGGGCCUUACCCAGACGGAGUGGACUCUGAGCUGGAAGACAGCCCACAGCCCCAAGGCUCACAUGCUGAGCUUGGACAGGAAGCCUCUGUGAGCACAGCAGAAACAGUGGCGGAAGCUGAGAAGGCGGAGCUCUCUGUGGCGGUGGGCGUGGCUGAAGGCCAGAUGGAGAACAUUCUUAAGGAAGCCACUAAGGAGGAGGCGGGAACAGAUGUUAAAAGAGAGGGAAGUGCUGCUGUCACACAUUUCAUCAACACUGUUGACACAGAAGUCAAGAAGGAAGCAAAAGUUGAAGAGGAUGAGGAGUGUGCUAAGGUUAAUGGGACUAAGAUGCAGAGAGAAGCAUUUACUAAUGGUCAUCUAGAAAAUGGCAUAAUGGAGGCCGAGGUUGAUGAGUCUCCCCCUCUGCCCACACAGAAGGCAGAGGAGCUGGAUCAACAGGCAGCAGAAUUGACUCAGUCACAAGAGAACCUGGUGAAGCAGGACAAAGAGAACUGUUCUGUACUAGAAGAGCUUGUACAUGGACAGAGUGAGUCUGGCUCAUGUGACCCUGAGCAGCCUGCAGCCCAUAGAACUAUAACAAACAGCUUUGUGGACAGGUCACCUGAAGAGCCAGGAGUGGAUGAGGAGACCUGCCCUGAUUCUGAAUCUGACAACGCUGUCUCAGAGCCAGUAGAGCAUGGGGAUAAGAGGGCCUCUCUGAUGGAAAGCUCCACAGAGACUUUAACUGAAGAAGCCUGUAGCAGGUUGGAGCUACCAGCACAGCCAUCAGUUUGUCCCAGUCAUCAGCCUUGCAGUGAUGGCAGGAACCAACUGCCCAGCUCCAGGAAGGAGAAAGGACUGGAGACAGGCGAACAAGGCUUUAUCAGAACUUUAAAUGGGGGCAGCAAGCGGCCCUCUGUCAGUGCCUUUCAGUCUGUGAGUGCUGACCUCAACAGGGAAGGGCUUUGUAAUGGCGACAGCUCCGACGGGGAGCCUUGCGGAGGACAUCACUGGGUCAAAGGGAACGGGGAGAGGGUUCCUCUGAGUCGACAGGUGUCCCUAGCAAGCUGCAACUCCCUGAUCCUGCAUCCACGGGGCAGCUGCUCCCAGCACCGCUGGUGCCACACCCUGCUGGGCCGUGCUGCCAUUAGCCCAGAGCAGCCGUCCCGCAGCCAUCUGGACGACGACGGGCUGACGCUGCACACGGAUGCCAUCCAGCAGAGGCUAAGGCAGAUCGAGGCGGGACACCAGAUGGAGGUGGAGACUCUGAAGAAGCAGGUGCAGGAGCUGUGGAGCCGCCUGGAGAAUCAGCAGCACGUCGGCUCCCACAGGAUCAACGGAGACAUGGGAGACGAAGUGACAUCAAUGACAGACUCUGAGUACAACCUGGACCCAAACUGUUUGUCGCGCUGCAGCACAGAGCUUUUCUCUGAGGCCAGCUGGGAGCAGGUGGACAAGCAGGACACUGAGGUGACUCGCUGGUACCCAGACCAUUUGGCAGCCCAGUGUUAUGGCUGUGAGAGCAGGUUCUGGCUCGCCACCAGGAGGCAUCACUGCAGUGGCAGGGAGCCUGUCCAGGAGGUCUGGAACUGCGGUAACGUGUUCUGUGCCAGCUGUUGCGACCAGAAGAUCCCAGUGCCAAGCCAGCAGCUGUUUGAGCCCAGCCGCGUCUGUAAGACCUGCUACGGCAGCCUCAAGCUCAGCCCGGCUCCCCUGGACCUGGAGCUGGAGAAACCCAUCGCAGCCAGCUCCAACUAAGUUUCAGAGGAACGAGGGAGGAUGAGCCGCCAGCCCGCAGACAUGGGCGCACUGCUGGAGAAGAGCACAGGAGCUACACAGAAUGUCCCAUGUACUUUGUGUGUAUGUGCGUGUGCGUGUGUGUGUGUGUGUAUGUGUGUGUGUUGCAGAUAUGGAAUUUAAUAUGUAUAUACAGGAAAUGACGUGGCAGAGGUGCUGAAUGACGUGUUGCGAAGUGCUAUGAAGUGCGUGUGUGUGUGUGUGUGUGUGCGAGUGUGAGAGAGAGAGAGGAAAUCACACAUUUGCCACACAGGUGGUUUGUGGCAGUGACGGGACUGCCCUCUGAGGCCAGAGGAGUGAGAAUGGACCUCCUGGUGCUUUGGUCCAGGCAGGCAUUGAAGGUUGUCUCACUGUGUUGCUGAAGUCUCUUGGAGGGCUUUGGUCCAUCGAAUCAAUUCCCCGCUCAUCCCCGCUUCUCAGCAGACUUCCACGUACUAUCAUCUACAACGUGGCCUGCUUCUUCUCUCUGGUGGGUGUAGGAGCAACGUGACACAUCUCCAGGAAACAGACAGUCGAGACAGUCCCUCAGCUUUUAGAAGUGUCUGGAUAGUUGAUGCUCACGAAUGUUGUUUAGGGAAAGCUUAAAGGAUCAGUUCACCCAAAUUACCAUACCAUACCUCCUCACUUACCUCUAGUGGUAUCUAACCAUGCGUCUCAAUUCAUUUCAUUUUCCCGGGUUUUGAGAUCUCAUUUCUGAGAUUUCUGCUCUCACCCCGAUACAGUGCAAUACAGUAAAUUGAAAAAGGGCUGCAACUAUUAUUUUCCUUAUCAAUAAAUCAGUAAAAACUUUUAUCAUUUAAUCAAUUUGUUUUUUGCUGUAAAAUGUCAGAAGAUAGAGAAAUGUGGCCAUUAUAUUGUCUUAGAGCACAAGGCCACAUAUUCAUAUUGCUUGUUUUGUCCGACUUACAGUCCAAAACAAAAAAAAGAGAUUCAGUUCAAUAACACAUAUGACAAAGAUAAGCUGCUUCAUUAUUAUUAUUAUUAUUUUUUACAUAUGAAAAAUUGGAACCAGAGAGUGUUUUCUGUAAUUUGACCAUUUGAUUAUAAAAUGAUUAAUUGUUUGUGGCUUACAGCACUGAAAAACGACACGUGAAGUGGUACCCCACUGAUUUGGUGUCGCACUUCCACAUAGUUGGCUGAUUUACAAGAGACCGAUUUAAAACAAGAUUUGUAAAAAUGGAUGCAGCAGAGACCGAUAUGUCCUGACUUUUUAAAAUUCCCAUAAUGCAACUUAAUAGUGUCUCUAAAUAAGAUCUUCUCAUUGCCUGAAUGACAUCACUAUGACAUCAUCAGGGUUAUUUUUUUAAGACUUAAUCAAGCUUAAAAAAGAAUACUAGUCAACUGCUUUUAUAGGCUGAGUAGUACCCCUCGUGAUAAAUGAACUGGUGUUUAUCUCGUGAUCUUUGUGUAAAAUCGGUGGAGUGCAGCUCUUUCCAGACACCUUGUCCCUGCUAACCUGAAUGAGUCACAGUUUUCUAGUUUGGGUGAACUGACUCUUUAACACGCUCUGGGCCAAAUCUCAACUCGGUAUAUUUGCUUGCUUUUUUUCAGUGAGUUUUCCCCGCCCCCCGCUUUUGUCACAAAUGUGUGUGUACACAGUAUAUACAGCUAAUUGACAUAUACGAAAUAGAAGAAAAAACAAACACUAUCUCGCUAACUCAGUUCUGUUUUUAACGUGUUGAGAUACAGCCCACCGGGCAGGCAGAGGAUGAAGAUUUUUCUAUACUUUUGAAUACUUACCUUGUCCACAGUGAGGAGAGUAAAUAUUUGUUUUUGUUACAGAAUCACACGUGAGUCUUAAACAGGACUAGUUAGUGAUCUAUAGAAAAGGCUUUAGAACAUCCGACCCUUUAACAGCUGAUGGCCGCUCAGCUUUUCCACGCUGAUAGCAAAGCGGUUCUAAUUAUUAUAACCUCUUUGCUGAAUGACUGUUAGUCAGCGUCUGCUGAUGUGAUGUGGCGUUGUCAGUUUGUGUCAGACGGCAGGCGAGCUGCAGGUUGUUUGUGCCUGACACGGACUGACUGUGUAAUCUCUCCUGUUAGCCAUACCUUCAUGCCAUUCACUCACAGCAGACCCAUUUAAAAAAAAUUAUAUAUAUUUUUACCCAGCAGGCACUGGGAGCUGGACGUCUCACUCGUUUUUCAGUCUGCUCAGUUUGGUGGAAAUCUCAAGCGAAGUUGUGAAUUUGGCAUGUUGAACUUUCACGUUGAAAUUCUAAAGGCAACAUAUCUAAAUUUCAUUUUAUGUUAUUACUUUUUUUUUUUUUUUGAGGCGGCAGUCGACCACGACCUCACUUGUGAUCUCCACUUUGAUUGGCUGAAACAUGGAGGAGAGCCGCGGCAGCAGAAAGGGCUCAUGACGUUUUCAGAAGUCUGUAACUCCCACAUGAAGUACGUUUGAGAAGCUUCACUGAGACGCCCACUCUGCCUAACACCCAUUCAAUGACCUCCUUACACACACACACACACACACACAAUUCACGCACACACACAUAUAUUCUUUUGUAAAAUAAAUGAAAUAAUAUAUUCAGAUACCUAUAUAGCAUUUAAGAAAAAUGUAUAGAAUCCUUGAAUAGUGGCUCACUUAAUAAGUCACCAAAAAGUUGUUUUUUUAAUUUCUUUGAUUACUUAUGUUAUUGAUUGCUGAAAAAACUAUAUUUUGCAACCUGUUGAAGACAACAGGUUUUUUUUUUUUUUUAUUGAGAAGCAGGGUGUCCUGUAUUGAUGCUGCAGUGGUUUUCCCUUUUAAAUGGAUUAAUUUAUUAAGGCUUUGUUGUUGAAUUGCUGUUUAAAGUCCAGACAAUUCAAUGGCCAUGGAUAAUCAGUGUUUCUGAGAGGAGAGAUGGUUUAGAUCUGUGGCUACGGUGACACACUUGUCAUUUCUGUUUUGUUUCAGCCAAUCACAGGAUUUGUAGAUGUAACGAUUUCCUGAUUAUGAGGAGAAGGGGGUUAAGUCUGAGGUGUCAUCUAGUAUCUAGCAUCAUGUGACCUUUGACCAUCACAUGUCCCAAUGAAGAGAAGAGAAGAAAAGGAAACAAAACCCCAGUGCGUCUGUAGCCAAUGCGACGUCUAUGCACUGAGAGAACAGUGGUCCAAAAAAGCUGCCUGAAUCCAAAAUAAACACCCCCCCGCCCCCCAACUCACACUCAAAAACAUUACUCCAUUAAAACACAUCUACAAACACUACCUCUACUUUGUACACACACUUGAUCACGCACACACAGAUUAUCACUGAGCUGCUAGUAGCUGAGUGACUCUUGCUGUCCAGAUUCCCAUCAUCGAGAAUGGCCUUUAUUAUUGACUUAUUUUUUUAAUUUAUUUUUUUAAUCAGCUGGAGCAUUGAAGGUACAGCACACAAUCGCAGACGCUCAUUUUAAUGAUGAUCUUAUUGUUCAGACUGCCAAUCUUUGAAUCCUUCUUCCUCAUCAUCCAGCAGAGGGCCCCCCCUUCAUUUAGAAUGUCGCUGUGGUUCACCACACGGGAUGAUCAAGUUUGGACUAUCAGAGGAAAUGCAUAAAUACAACUAUGUGAUUGACAACGCAAUGUUAUUUAAUCCUACUGCAACUGUGUCAUUGAUCUUGUUCUUGUGUGUGCGCUCGUGUUGGGUUUCAAUAUGGUGGCAGAUGAUUGAGUGGGCAGAACAAUAACAACCAAGUGUUCUCUCCUCCUGUGGAAGUGGUAAACACGCUUCAUUCAACAGCUCGACCUUCGCUCUUUCAAAUAGAAUAGAAAAACAGGAAUUAGUUUGCCCCUCAUAGAUGAGUCCCUGUCAUUUCUGUCAAUUAAUAUUUACAAAAACACUUGGACAAGCAAUGCCACGGCAACAAAAGGGGCAUAAACUGUUCCAACAUAGAUUCAUUUGAGCUGGAACUGCUGCAUUAAAGGUGCCGCUAAUUCAAAUUUUGGUUUGACCCUGGCCAGUCUCUGACUGUUUUCUCAUCAUCUGCAGAGAGAUAGAUAAACUGGAAUACUACUGGACUAUCUGCAACCACAACAUUGAUUUUUACAUCUUACAUUUAUAAUGGUGAUGUAACAAUGGCGAUCCCAGAUCAGUGCUCCUAUUCUACGAACGAUUUAUUCCAAGGGUUCACACUCCUUCCAAACGUAUGUCUAUGGCCUACAUUUUGAAAGAAAAUGCUGGCCUUCAUAAGUCAUGAUCUCCUAAAUAGACUGUCAACAGACUUCAUUUGAAAAUGCUGGUUCAAUGUGGUGCGUAAUGUCCCUUUUUCAGCCCAGUCUGAGGCCAAAGCGCUUUCACUUUCCCCACAGACACUGGCAGCAUGAAUCCUCACUCUGUAUUUUCACCACCAUCACAGGCAUGUGGGGCACAAAGCUUGUCUUGUUCUUCAAUCCAUGAAUGUGAAAUGUCUUAAAACCGAAACAAAACA